AUAUUGCUGUUGCAGAUGUAUACUAGAGAUUAUAAUAUUGCCAAGGUGGGUUGCUCUGAUCAUUCAGUACCAACUGACAACAUAACUUUCAGGGAAUCACAAGUUACAAGGUCUAGUGACUUGAACCAGGAACUCAACAAUGGAUCACUAUCUCCAGAUAAAGAAAUGUCUGAUAAGGAAACUCAAAGCAAGCAACAACAACAAAGCAAAUUGCAACAGAAUAAACAGAAGACUGUCUUGUUGUACUCAACAAGGAAAAGAAAACAAGGCCAAGUUGUUGCUGUUGGUAAUCUUAUAUCUAGAGAUACUACUCAUGAAAUUGGAGGAACUGUACUUGGGGAUGGAUAUUAUGCUGUUGCGGUUCAUUAUCUUAACAAUGUUGAAGAUGAAAGAUUACCUCGACCACACGGAGAUCUUAAAACUUUGGAGGAUGCUGUGGGCAUGUGUGUUGCUUGGCCUCGCACACAUCUUAAAAGAGUGAAGCCAACUACUGAGAAGCGCACUUGAAUGGUUAGAAGACUGAAGAUGCAACUAAUGAAUGAGCAAGUGUUAUAGUGGAGAGUAGUUCUAGGAUCAAAAGUUCUAGUUGUCAAUCUACUUGUUUAAUUGUGUUAGGAACCUCAUUUUAUUCAUUCUUGUAUGUCUAAUCUACCUCAAGACCACUUUGUUUGGAUUGAAAAUACUUAUGUAUUGUUGCUUACACAUGAAGCAUUUAAUUGAUCUGUUAUAUAUAUGAACCUUGUGUCUUGUAUAUA